AUGUCAUGGGGAGGAUUCAAGAAAGCCGCCUCCAGGGCGCAGACCACUAUAAUGCAAAAGACAGGUCAAGUAGAAAGGACGAUAGAUAGAGAGUUUGCAGAGGAAGAAGGAAGGUUCAAGACAAUGGAAAAGGAAACUAAUAACUUACAAAAAGAAGCUAAAGCAUAUCUUGAUUCAAUGAGAGCAAUGGCAGCUGCACAAUCUAGAAUCGCAGAAACUAUCUCUUUAUUCUAUUCAGCAGAUAGGACAAGUGAUGGAGCUAUGGCUGGGCAUGCGUAUAAAUCCGCUGUUGAUGAGCUGGAUGCAGGUGUAGGAAGAGAAUUGGACGCACCAUAUCGAGCUACAGUCCUCGAACCAAUUGGGAAAUUAAAUAGUUACUAUCCAGCUAUAAACGCGGCUAUCCAAAAGAGAGGAAACAAAAUGACGGACUACGAUGCAGCCAGAGCAAAAGUGAAGAGAUUAGUAGAUAAACCUGCCGAUGAUACCACGAAAUUGCCAAGGGCUCAAGCUGAACAUGAUGAAGCCAAAGAAGUAUUUGAUAUCUUGAAUGAACAAUUGAUCACUGAAUUACCUGUUUUAGUUGAUUUGCGAAUCCCAUACCUCGAUCCAUCAUUCGAAGCUAUGAUUAGAUGUCAACUUCGAUUCGCAGAAGAAGGAUAUGAACAACUAUCAGGUGUACAAAGGUAUUUCGCCGAUAACAUUCGAGAUGAAUAUGCCAAUGGAGCUUUGGACGUUCAGGUAGAAGGUGUAUUAGAAGAAAUGAGAGAGUUAUCAAUCUUUGGACCGUAA